CAAGAUAGUAAAAGGACAAUAUUUCAGGCCAGACCAAUUUUUGGUAGGUUUAUUGCACAAUAAGUGGUAAAUUAGUGAUGGUUAUCAUUACAUAUGUAUCCAUUUUUUUUUAGUUGAUUUAAUAUAUACAUGUACCCUUUUUUUUUUUUUUUUUUUUUUUUUGUAAUUUAUGAAGUGGACAAAUUCCAUAGAUAAUGUAUUGGGUAAGUGGUUAAAAGAGUUUUCCUAAAACACUAUCCCUCUCCCCGCCAAACACUCAAACAGAGCAAAUGAAGUAACAUGUUGCUGCAAACUGUUAGUAUUACUACCAAGAAUUGAAGAGCACUGAUGACGGUCGUCGGACACCCCAUCACCACCGCUCUCACUCGUGGCUCAUUGCCGGAACUAACUUCUACUCAAGUUACAAGAUGGAAAUUCCUGGCUACCAAUUACUAUAUCAUGGGGGGAAGUUUAAUGCCAUUGUGCAGUAUAUAUCUGGAUCUAAGAAGGUAUAAAAACCGUAGUACUUGUAAAGUAAAGUGCUCCAAUGUUGAGGUUCCUGAGAAGUUGAAGCAUGAUGACACAUAUGUUGACAGACGAGGCAAGUUCAGAAGGUUCAAUCGAAAAAAGUUAUCUAGGAAACGAUGUGGAGGUUUAAGAGGACGUGGAUGGAAAUUUGGUUCUGGAUUUAUUGAUGGAGUUUUUCCAGUGCUUAGCCCAAUUGCUCUGAAAAUUUUGGAGCUUGUAGAGCAGAAUGAAGAUAUUGAUAGAAUUUGGACCGUUCUUGACACCCUUCCUCGAACACAUACCACUUGGGAUGAUAUUGUCAAUGUAGCUGUCCAACUACGCUUGAACAAAAAAUGGGAUGAAAUUGUGGUGCUGUGUCAAUGGAUAUUGCAUCGGAGCUCCUUCAAACCGGACAUUUUGUGUUACAAUUUGAUGAUUGAUGCUUUUGGACAGAAAUCACAAUAUAAGAAGGCAGAAGCUAUGUAUUUAGAACUUCUAGAGGCUCGAUGCAUUCCAACUGAAGAUACUUAUGCACUAAUGCUGAGGACUUACUGUGCUUCUAGGUUGUAUGCUAAAGCUGAAGCUAUCUUCUCUGAGAUGCGAAAAUAUGGCCUUUCCUCGAGUGCCGUUGUGUACAAUGCUUACAUUGAAGGAUUGAUAAAAGGAGGAAACAACACAAAAGCGAUUGAGAUAUAUGAGAGGAUGAAGCAGGAACGAUGUGAGCCAAAUACUGAAACUUACACUAUGCUAAUCAAUUUAUAUGGAAAGGCAAAUAAAUCUUAUAUGUCCCUUAAGGUGUUCAAUGAGAUGAGAACUCGUAAAGGCAAGCCAAAUAUCUGCACUUACACUGCACUAAUCAAUGCAUUUGCAAGGGACGGACAAUGUGAGAAAGCGGAAGAAAUAUUUGAGUUGCUACAAGAGGCUGGCCUUGAGCCUGAUGUUUAUGCUUACAAUGCACUGAUGGAAGCUUACAAUCGUGCAAGGUAUCCUUAUGGCGCUGCAGAGAUAUUUUCAUUGAUGCAACACAUGGGUUGUGAGCCAGAUAGAGCCUCAUAUAACAUCAUGGUAGAUGCCUAUGGUAGAGCUGGUCUAGUUGAAGAUGCGGAAGGUGUGUUCGUGCAGCUACAACAGCUAGGCAUGACUCCAACCAUGAAAUCCUACAUGUUAUUACUCUGUGCCUACGCGAAAGCAGGGAACAUUGCCAAGAGUGAAGAAUUUGUAAAUGAGAUGAUGAAGUCAGGUAUCAAGCCAGACAUUUAUGUCAUGAAUAGCAUGAUGAAUUUGUAUGGUAGGUUCGGCCAAUUUGAGAAGAUGGAACAAGUUUUAAGCGCAAUGGAGGACGAACCCAAUGUAGCUGCUGAUAUAAGUACUUACAAUAUACUAAUUAACCUAUAUGGUCGAGCUGGAUACUUUGAGAAAAUGGAGCAGUUGUUCCAUUCACUCGGUGAUAAAAAUUUGAAACCUGAUGUUGUGACAUGGACAUCGCGCCUAGGAGCUUACUCGAGGAAGAAGCAGUACAAGAUGUGCUUAGAGAUAUUUGAGCAAAUGAUCGAUGCUGGAUGCUUUCCUGAUGGAGGUACUGCAAAAGUUCUUCUUUCAUCUUGUUCAAGUGAAGAACAGGUAGAGCAAGUUACUACAAUUCUUAGAACAAUGCACAAGGAUGUCAAGCCAAUACUCAAUAUUGAAAACAACAGGUCCUUGUUUGAGUCACUUGAGUUAUCAGAAGACAAGAGGCCAACAAACAAUGAGAAAGUGUCUGCAUCAGCUUCAAAUCCGUUUGCAACCAAAAGAUCACGAUAGUAUAAUGCAUUUGAUAAGUCAUUAUUGAGUAUAUAUCCUCUAAUAAUUGUAUUAUAAGUUCGAUAAUCAGGGCGGCAACCAUCUUCCUCCAUUAUCCUCAA